GAAACAAACAGCCUGGCAGAAGUUUGCCUCAGUCAGCAUACUGCAGCAGGAGUGAAGGGACACCAUGGAGAAACUGGAGAUGGCGGCUGCAGACUCUUCCCUCCUGGACGAAGCCAAGCGGCCGAUGUCCAGGCCGCUCAGCAGGUACGAGCGGGUUUUCCAGCCCUGCCUGGCGGAGGUCCUGGGCACCAUGUUCUUUGUCUUCAUCGGCUGCGUGUCCGUCAUCGAGAACGCGCCUGCAGCGGGGCGGCUGCAGCCGGCUCUGGUGCACGGCCUGGCGGUGGCGGUGCUGGUGGCCGUCAUGGACAGAAUCAGCGGCUCCCAUUUCAACCCUCCCUUCACCGUGGCCAUCUGGCUGUGUGGCGGCAUGGAGCUGGCGAUGGUGGCGCCAUACCUGGUCAGCCAGCUGGUCGGAGGAGUCCUGGGAGCCGGCAUGGCUAAGCUGAUGACCAGCCCAGAACGCUUCAGCAACGCCAGCGGGGCGGCCUUUGACCUCCUGAGGUCAGAGAGCCAGCUGUACCGGGCGCUCUUCGGAGAGGCGGCCAUGACCUGCCUGGUGACCCUGGUGGUGCUGAUGGUGGCGGUCAACAGCCGGACCAAAACGCCCUUCGGCCCGUUUCUGGUGGGCAGCACCGUCAUGUUCAACAUCCUGGCAGGAGCUGAUAUUUCAGGAGCUUGCAUGAAUCCCAGCCGAGCGUUCGGUCCGGCCCUGAUCACCAACCACUGGACCUACCACUGGGUUUACUGGGUGGGGCCCAUUACAGGCGGGGCGCUGGCCGCCGCUCUGGUCAGGCUCAUCCUGGGAGAUCAGACGUUACGAAUCGUCUUCAAGUCAUAAUUUGUCUCUUUACUGUCGUGUAAACUUUAUCUCUGCAUAAUUUUGACUCAUAAUGUUUCAUGGAUGUUCUUGCCACUGUUGAAAUAAUAAAAACAGGUUAAUGUUUAUGGGAACAGUUUCUGUUUCCUGUGAAAAAUUAAAAUCAUAAAUAUGUUUAUUUAGGUGUUCAUGUUUCAAAGUCAUAUUUUCACUAUAUUAUUCCCACAUUUAUGAAUUUCAGAGUCACUAAUUACAUAUUUAAUUCAGAAAGUAAAUAUUUAAUUUCCAACCAAAUGCUUAUUCAAUAUUCAUUUUCUUAAUUUAAUAUUUAGCAGCUAAUAUUUAGUAACAUUUUUACAGCUUGAAGGUAAAUGAUGUUUAAAGCUGGAUGUUUGUCGUUUGUUGGUUUUGAGAGGAAAAGUGUCAAUAAAAGAAGCAGACAUGUUGGCAGCAAA